AAGAGUUUACAGUUUGCCAUUUGCCCCAUUGCUUUAUCCAUUUCAUCGAAACUAUGUACCGAGCAGGUGAGUGAAACUAGUGGACCCCUCACCUUCUUCUUCUUCCCGCAAACGGUUUCUGUAAAAUCCAAAAACCCUAAACUCAACCAUCUUCAAUUCGACCUUCAAUUCCCUUUGUAAUCAUUCAUUCUCAAUUUAACCUCUAAAUCCCUAGGUCACAUCUCUCAAUUUCUCGAUCUUCUUUUUCUCCCCUCAUGGAUGCAUCCGUUAAGCCAGAAUCGGAAUCCACAACCGUUUUGCUUGAUCAGCCUCUCGAAGCACAGGAAAUGCCCACGGUGAAUGGUUGCAUUGUUUACACUCGAGUCAAAAGGUCUCUCAAUCCGUGUAAUGGUUUUUCCGAGGACGUUGAUUGCAAGAGAUUCAGGGAAGAUGCGGAAACGCCGAUUGAAUUGGAGAGCGGAGUCGAUUGUUGCACGGGGAGUAGGGAUGGCGGCGAGUGUGGCGAUGGGAUGAAGAGUGAGGUUCGUGAGGUUGCGGAAACGGCGUUUAAACGGAUUACGAGAUCGGCCAUGAAAGCUAAAGUCGAGUCCUUCAAGCGGAUUACACGAUCUGCUAUGAAAGAGAAAGUUGAGUCCGAUGAGAAGACCAUUACUGUGUUAGGACAGAGAGGUGCUGCCGUUGUAAGAGGUAAAGGCGAUGGUGCGGUGCCAGGGAGAAAUUCGAAGCGGUUUGCACGUUCAGCAAUGAAAGAAAAGGGCGAGUCCUGUGAAAAGACGGUGUCUGUGGUAGAACAGCAAGGUGCUGCAGUUGUAAGUGGUACUGGCGAUGGUGCGGUGCCAGUGAGAUAUUUGAAGCGGUUUACACGUUCAGCAAUGAAAGAAAAGGGUGAGUCCUGUGAGGAGACGGUGACUGUGGGAGAACAACAAGGUGCUGCAGUUGUAAGUGGUAAAGGCUAUGAUGCGGUGCCAGUGAGAAAUUUGAAGCGGUUUACACGUUUAGCCAUGAAAGAAAAUGCUGAGUCCUGUGAAGAGACGGUGGCUGUGGUAGAACAACAAGGUGCUGCAGUUGUAAGUGGUAAAGGCGAUGAUGCGGUGCCAGUGAGAAAUUUGAAGCGGUUUACCCGUUCAGCAAUGAAAGAAAAGGCAGAGUCCUGUGAGGAGAUGGUGACUGUGGUAGAACAACAAGGUGCUGCAGUUGUAAGUGGUAAAGGCGAUGGUGCGGUGCCAGUGAGAAAUUUGAAAAGGUUUACACGUUUAGCUAUGAAAGAAAAUGCUGAGUCCUGUGAAGAGACGGUGAAUGUGGUAGAACAAGGUGCCGCAGUUGUAAGUGGUAAAGGCGAUGGUAAGGUGGGGAAGUUCAAGCGGAUUACACGAUCGGCGGUGAAACUGAAGGUUGAAUCUGGUGAGGAGACAGUGACUGAGUUAGCACAGCAGGGUGCCGCCGUUGCAAGUGUUGAAGGUUCAGUGAGGAUGUUGAAGCGGAUUACACGUUCAGCUUCCAUGAAAGCAAAUCCUGAGUCUGGUGAGGAAACGGUGACCAAGUUAGAACAAAAAAGGGCCUCGGUUGUGGGUAAUAUCAAUGGUGUGUUAGCUGCUCCGAGAAACAAGAUGGAGUUGAAGAUGUCGAAGAAGAUUGUGGUUAAUAAGAUGCCUACAACAGUCAAAGAGCUCUUCCAUACCGGAUUACUUGAUGGCAUCUCUGUGGUUUACAUUGGCGGCCUUAAGCAGGCUUCAGGAUUAAGGGGUGUUAUAAGUAAUGGGGGAAUAUUGUGCUCGUGCAGUGUCUGUAAAGGAAGCAGGGUUAUUCCACCUUCCCAAUUCGCGAUCCAUGCUUGCAAACAAUAUAAGAGAGCAGUAGAGUAUAUAUGCCUUGAAAAUGGGAAGAGCCUGCUUGAUCUGUUGAGAGCAUGCAGGAGAGCUCCCCUGCAUGAUUUGGAGGCAACAAUUCAAAAUUUUGUUCGCUCUCCACCCGAGGAAAAAUAUUUUACUUGUGAAAGGUGCAAAGGAUGUUUCCCUUCUUCAUGCAUGGAAAGAGUGGGACCUAUAUGCUGUUCUUGUGUAGAAUCAUGUAAACCUGAAGAAAGUUCGAAGAAUGUAGUUGGCAAAAGAAUCAGGUCCCCUAGGCCAGUGUUGGUCUCCAAGUCAUCCAGUGCUUCUGACCUGUCAAUUUCUUCAAAAAGUAAGAGACACGGGAAGAAAAGAACAAAGUCAUCAAAAAGGGACAACAGCUCAAAUUCUUCCAUGAGUGCUUCUGUGCCUAUUCUACCCCGGAAGAAAAUUACUCCGAAGAUGAAAAAGAAGUCACUGUCUGUAAAGUUGAAGACCACUUCAAAUUGUUUAUCUCCACAAAAUAAGAGUCAAUGGAAGAUAACUAAGAAGGAUUUUCGGUUGCACAAGUUAGUUUUCGAGGAAAAUGGAUUGCCCGAUGGAACUGAAGUAGCUUAUUAUGCAGGCGGCCAGAAAUUGCUUGAAGGUUUCAAAAUGGGCUAUGGAAUUUUGUGUAGAUGUUGCAACACUGAGAUCAGCCCCUCACAGUUUGAGGUCCAUGCAGGCUGGGCUUCUCGCAAGAAACCUUAUGCAUACAUUUACACAUCAAAUGGGGUGUCUCUUCAUGAAUUAUCAAUCUCUCUCUCCAAGGACCGAAAAUACUCUGCAAAUGACAAUGAUGAUUUAUGCGUUGUUUGUUGGGAUGGUGGAGAUCUGUUGCUUUGUGAUGGAUGCCCAAGGGCAUUUCAUAAAGAAUGUGCAUCUAUAUCAAGUAUUCCACGUGGUGACUGGUACUGUCAAUUUUGCCAAAACAUGUUCCAGAGGGAAAAGUUUGUCGCAUACAAUAACAAUGCUUUUGCUGCUGGAAGAGUUGAAGGAGUUGAUCCUAUUGAACAAAUCACCAAGAGAUGCAUUCGCAUAGUCAAAGACAUUGGUGCAGAGCUUAGUGGGUGUUCUUUAUGCAGGGGUGUUGAUUUCAGCAGGUCUGGCUUUGGUCCACGUACAAUAAUACUGUGUGAUCAGUGUGAAAAGGAGUAUCAUGUUGGCUGUUUGAUGGAUCACAAGAUGGCAUUUCUAAAGGAAUUGCCAAAAGGUAACUGGCUUUGUUGCAAUGAUUGCAAGAGAAUACAUUCUACUUUGAGGAAUGUUUUAGUUAGAGGGGCUGAGAGACUCCCUCAAUCUCUCUUGGCUCUUAUAAAGAAGAAGCAAGGAGAAAAAGGAUUGGAUCCCAUCAAUGAUAUUAACGUGAGUUGGAGGCUUCUUAGUGGAAAAAAUGCUUCUCCUGAAACUAGACCAUUGCUUUUGGAGGCUGUCUCUAUCUUUCAUUUUCAGUACAAGGCUAGGAACUCUCAUAGAAGGUGAGAACAAAAGAGGGCGGGGAUGAGAACUUAUACAUGUCUGUCACAUGAUGUCUAGUAAAAUCCUACAUGGGCAAUGUUAUUAACACGUUAGCAAUAAAAAUGUGCCGCUUGGGAUGUGGUGCAACUUGAUAUGACCCAGCUAUAGAGGGACCAAAUGCUAGCAUUAGAAAAAGAGGUACUAAAAACUCAAAACAAGCCCAUUUUUUUGGAAGAAAAAGUCACCUAAACUUAAAUAUAUGUAUAUAUAGGUGGACGAGAAUAUUUAUAUAUGAACCAUUUUUUGUGGAGUCUUUACGAUGUAUCAGGUAGUCAGUCAAUGGAUUUCAUAGCACCACCAGGGUGUGUCGAAUGUCCUAGAAUUACUACUCCCUUUGUUGUGUAUGAUGUAAUGUUUUGAAUAAAUGGCCAUCAUCACAAUUCAAAUCACUCGCGCCAAAUAACAGUCCCUAUUGGUGAUAUUGAAAACUCCUGUGUCCUAUGGUUACUGUCAGACCUUCCUCUGGUUUGAGAUUCACCAUAUUCUGUCAUUUUCUGACAACCCCUGGCAUUUUGUGCUCUUUGCAGCAACUGCAGUCCUGUUUUUCCUCUGUUCUCAAGGUUUUCAGUGUCUAACAUGUGUAACUUAAUGGAUCAAAAAAACCUUAGCAGACUAAAGUGUCUAACCUUUGUAACUUAAGAGACUAAGGGCCUGUUUGGACAAACCGCUUAUUUAGGGCUUAUAGCACAAACACUUAUCAAUAUAAGUGUGUAUGUAUAAGGUUACAUAAUCUAUUUCUAUACCAAAUAUAAAAUAAUGUUAAAUUGUUUUGUAUAUGUUUUGAACUGUUUUUUAAAAGAUAUCUUAGAAAAGUUGUAAAAAUAAGUUAAAAAAACACUCAGCAAAUGUCAUCAGCUGUACUUACAAAUUCUCCCAAACAGUCUUACAAAACUUAUGUGAGUAGAUAAGCUCAUAUAAGCUAACCCAAACAGGCCCUAAAAUGAAACAGAAAAACUUAAGGAACCAAAGUAAAAUCUAAAAUUGACUUAAGAGACCAAAGUGUAACUUAGCCCAUUAAUAAAAAAAAAUGAUAUAUAUUAGUAAGACUAAUUUCUAUGCACUGAGAGUGUAAAACUAUUUUACACAUUCAUUUAAUUAAAUCAUGCGUGUUAGAUAUUUGUAGAGAUAUUUUAGAACUAAACUAACUAAUAAAGGUGAUAUCAUGGAGUGAUUAAAUUGAUCAUGGGCUUUAAUGGUCUUUUCUUUAUUGCUUAAGCGAGUCCCAACUUGUUUAUUAGAUUUUUUGCCAAUAUUUUCACUGUCUUAUGAACUUUAUAUACAUGGC